CGGAGCGCGGCGGAGCCCCGCGGCCCCAGGUUCAAUGUAAUCUUAUUGGGCACCAGCAGUGGAACUGUUCAAAAUGGUUUAUGGUGAAUUUUUCCGCAGACCUGGCAAAGAUGCAGAACUUAUCAAUUUGAAUGUGGGUGGCUUUAAGCAAUCAGUGGAUCAAAGCACUUUGCUCCGAUUUCCUCAUACCAGACUUGGGAAACUUCUCAAAUGCCAUUCAGAAGAGGCUAUUCUAGAACUAUGUGAUGAUUAUAGUGUUGCAGAUAAGGAAUACUAUUUUGACAGGAAUCCCUCCUUGUUCCAAUAUGUUCUGAACUUUUACUACACUGGCAAACUUCAUGUCAUGGAGGAACUUUGUGUCUUUUCCUUCUGCCAGGAAAUAGAGUACUGGGGGAUAAAUGAGCUGUUUAUUGAUUCCUGUUGCAGCAAUCGGUACCAGGAGAGGAAAGAAGAAGGUCCUGAAAAAGACUGGGAUCAGAAAAGCAACGACAGAAGCUUUGACUCCUCCAAUGAAGAAUCAUCCAUAUUUGAUAAGGAGCUGGAAAAGUUUGAUAAUCUGUGCUUUGGUGAAAUAAGAAAGAAGAUCUGGGUCAGAAUGGAAAAUCCUGCAUACUGCUUGUCUGCCAAGUUAAUUGCCGUGUCCUCCUUGAGUGUUGUCCUGGCAUCAAUCGUGGCCAUGUGCAUUCACAGCAUGCCCGAAUUUCAAAGGCUGGAUGCCAAUGACAGAGAGAUUGAAGACCCUGUGCUGGAAGCUGUGGAGAUUGCAUGCAUCAUCUGGUUCACUGCUGAGCUAGUGAUCAGGCUCAUCACGGCUCCAAGUCAAAAGAAGUUCUGGAAGAAACCAUUGAAUAUCAUUGAUUUUGUCUCUAUUAUCCCAUUUUAUGCCACCUUGGCUGUGGACACAAAGGAAGAAGAAAGUGAAGACAUUGAAAACAUGGGGAAAGUGGUGCAGAUCCUGCGGUUAAUGAGGAUAUUUCGCAUCCUGAAACUGGCCAGGCACUCUGUAGGACUGCGGUCUUUAGGUGCUACUUUGAGACAUAGCUACCAGGAAGUUGGACUUCUCCUUUUGUUUUUGUCUGUUGGGAUUUCUAUUUUUUCAGUUCUUGUCUACUCAGUGGAGAAGGAUGAUGACUCUUCAGAACUGCACAGCAUCCCCGUUUGCUGGUGGUGGGCAACCAUCAGCAUGACUACUGUUGGUUAUGGGGACACUUACCCAGUCACACUUGCUGGAAAGCUGCUCGGCACCUUAUGCAUUAUCUGUGGGAUACUAGUGGUGGCACUUCCAAUCACCAUUAUUUUCAAUAAGUUCUCUAAGUACUACCAAAAGCAAAAAGAUAUUGACCCAGACCAAUGCAACAAUGAUCGCAAAGAGAAAUGUAAUGAUCUACCUUAUUUUAACAUUAGAGAUAUUUAUGCAAAAAAGAUGCACUCAUUCAUUUCAAGCCUUUCCUCAGUAGGAAUCGUAGUCAGUGACCAAGAUUCAACAGAUGCCUCCAGCAUCCAAGAUAUGGAGGAUGUUUAUCACACAGCUACUUUAGAUAAUGGUGCAGGAAAAUGAGUGGAAUCACUUUCUCUUUUCCUUAUUUUUCUUUUCUGAGUCCUGGUAAACAUGGACUUAAAGACUUCAGUGAAUUUAUUAAGUGCAUUUAAUUCUCAGGGUACUUAACUCUUAGCCAUAUUUGGACAUUCUUUGCUCUGAGGAUGCCAUACAAGCUUCGUCGGUUAUAGGAGGCUUUAAAAUAUGCCUCAUGUGGUAGUUUGGUUUUUACACAACAAAUGAUAUGUAUUUUCUUUGAGGAAAAAAGUCAGGAAAACAGUUUUAAAUGUGAGGUCAUUGUUUCCUGCAGCAAUAUGAUAGCUUACACAGAAUCUUGCUGCUGUUCAAGUAGAUGUAUAUUGCAAACACAUAAAACCUAUGGCACAUCAGUGGAGUUUGUACUGAAAAUAUAUCAGAAGAAAGAAGGAACUAUCUACGUGUAAAGCUGUGCUCACUAACACAUUCAUGUAAUCCUGGAAUUGGGAACCAACUUGGGACAGAAAAUGUAUUGGUACAUAGUGUUCUUAAUCCAUGGCAGCAUAAUAUUUAUGAAUUUCUUUCCAAAAGCACAAUGCAUUCUUAUUUUGUUAAAAAAAAUAAUCCCAUUGUGCCUAUAUUUUUCCCAGUGUCCCACCUCUAGCAUGGACAGGCUCUCAAAUCUUGAAGGUUCUAAACCACGUGCACCAGGAUGAAACUUGAGGCCUAAGGCCAGCCAGGAGCUUAUUGUACCUUUUAGCCACCAUCUCUGCCAUUGCAAACCUGAGCUGUUUUAGUGCCUGGAGAGGAUCCUGCUGUGGUUAUGACUUCCUCGGAGGCUUUGUUUUGUGGGCACUGAAGUGAACUGCCAUGGUGGACUUCAGAAGUUACUGCUGCGUGCUGUCAGCUCUGCUCCUUUGCUGGAGGAAGCUGCCUCAGUGGGUAACAGCAAACAUGAGCAGCAUCUUGCUGCACUGGUUCCCAGUCCAGGGCUUUAAUGCCAAGCACUGGAGAUGUGUGGAAAUGCUCUCCUGUACUAUGUAUUUCCCAUCAGCGGUAGGGUAUGAACUGCAUGUGGGAAUGCAUAUGUUAACCUAUCGCAGGUCAUUUUCUGAAGCUCAUCUGUUGGGGAUGGCAGCCGUCCUGGCUUGUACUAUGGGCUGGAGCAGUGCUCAUGGCCUGGCAGAGCUCUGCAGCACUGUAUGUUCCUCUUCUCUCCAGGGAUUUCUUAUGCAGCCAGCUAAUCCUGCUGUGGUUCAGACUGCACUUUCCAGGGGUACGUGAAGGGAAAGCUGGCACUGAAAGCCCCCCAACCAAGGAAUGCUUAAGAAACUUCGGAAUCUCAGAAGUCAGUAAUACUUCUGAACACUCUUUUUUUUUUUUUUUUUUGUAGUAGAUGCUGGGCAGUGAAGAAUCCAAGCUACUGUGAUGUUGAUGUUUUGCUUAAAGAAAGGCUUCACUGGUUUUUUGUUGUUAUUAUUAUUUUUUUAUAUCAUUUAAUCUCUAAUGGGCUGAAUCCUGGUAGCCCUUAGUCAGUCUCUAUGCAGGCAGAUCAAACACAGUAGGAGCUGACUUCAAGACUGAAUAAACCCAGGCGGGAGCCCAUUUCUAGCCUCUGCAGAGUAGCUCAGAGGGCUGUUUUUUCAGGUGUGUAUCAGGAUUUCUGUUGUAAAGUACAUUGAGUUGCACUGAUACUUGCUGAGGCACAGAGCUCCAACCUCUUUGCAGGUCAGUGAAACAAAAGAGAACGGGAUGGACUACCUAUAUCUUGAAAAGAGGUGUUCUUCAGGACGGUUGUGCAUCAGUAUAGUUGAGACUAUAUGUGAGACUUGGGACACUUUGAAUUUUGGAGAAACUUCAGAAUUUGGAUUAUUAUUGGCUGAGUGUCUUAAGGGUAUGUGAUGCUUCACAGGUAAUCAAAAUUAAUUCUUCCCAUUGUAAAUGCAGGAAAACCAAAAGGGAAAGUUAGCCUACAUGUGUUUUGUUCUUAGCGAACAGUUAGCAUUACAAAGAUGCAAUGAUAUAAAAUAAUAAAUAUGUAUGUGCAUAUGAAUGUAAUAGGAACCAGCAGAAUAACAAUAUAAAAAUUGCUCUGUCCAAAGAAACUCUCUUGGUGUAAUCCAUAUGUAGAUCAUGUUGUUGAAAUUUAAAAGCAAUGAAAAAAUAUUGUAAUGCAAC